CCUGUGCACCAUAGAAGUAAGUCAGCCAGAAGACCUAACCCGAUAGCGCUCUCUUUUCUGACAGCGCAUCUUGCACUUUUACCAGAAUGACCAGUGAACAGCAAUUAGAUUUAAGCCCUACAAAUGCUUUACCAGAACUUAGUAUUGAUUGCCACGACGAAGAAGUUGUCACUUUACUUGCAUCCUUAGCGUGGGACGUAGACGUGAUUGCCAGUUGCCUGCUUUCACCCACUUCUCUCCUCCAAGGAACGCCUGCGUCAUCGUCCACGCCCCAGGUCCUCUGGGGAGACCCCGACGCAGAGAACAACAUGCCCGAGAGCUUCGACGUAGCACCACUCCAGUUCUCCUUCCCUUCCCUGGAUCCCAGCGUCGACAUGAACAACAAUGACAUCAACGCAGAUGAAGUCUCCAGCAUGCCCGUCGUCCCACCGCCGCCACCACCACACCGUGCAGCGAUAAAUACACAAGAAGAGUUCCUUGCGUCGCUGCAGCUCCAGCCUUCACUGUCUGCCCCAAAGACAACAGUUCAUACUUCUCCCGUUACACAGAACACGAAGAAGAGACCCAAUCCUACCUCAAUGCCUGUCAAGACCAAGAAGCGUGCCAAAAUCGCGGAAAAGAAAUUGAAAGGACAAAAGAAAAUGGGAAGAAUCGACGUUUCAGCUCUGCGAAACCGCAUCCUCUACGAUAUGGCCACGACGUCACACUGUCUUCGUUUGGACAUGGAAACAUUCGCUCGCACUUAACUUCGGGCCAUACGAUUGAAAACUUCUAUAACAAACUAUUUGGUUGAUAAAUGUAAAUAACGUCUCCUCACAGAUUGUGAAUAUGUAAUUAAUAUUUAUGGUGUAAAAUAGGGAAAUCAGUUAACGCUAUUGUAUGAAAGAUUAAUAUGUUUCCUGUGUUGAAUGAAUAUAACGUAAAGCCACAUAAUUGCCAUAUGUAAAGUGUGUUUUCAUUGUAAGAUAUUGUAUACGAAAAGUAUUUAACCUAUAGUCUAGUAUGUAAACGCUCCACAAAGUGCCAAAUUUUGUACAUCUUUGUAAAUAUCCAUCUCUUGUAAAUAUAGUUGUCCUUAACAUCUUUUGUGAACAUUUUUUCAAUGACUCGAGAAAUAAAAGCUACAUUUUGUAA